AUGAAGCUCUCCCUUGACCACGGGGGCCCACCAUACCUCCGCCUCAUCGCGCCCUUCGAGGUCCUCCCAGGCUGCCGGCCGGUGGAGGCCAUCCAAGAUCUUUGGUGGCACUCCCUGCUUGGGGAGCAUUGGGCACCAGCCGUCGAGCGGAUCGACUACGCGGCCGCUCCGCUGGAGAUGAUCCUGCCCCGGCCGCGCGGCCCCCGCCAGGUGUCCCGCGGCUUGGCUGUCUUCGCGGUGGCGGCGCAGGGGCUUCGAGCCUCCCCCAGCUUGCUGCCGAGCACAGCACCGCUGCUGCAGGUGGCGCAGGCUCCGACGUACAUCGUGGAGGUCCUCGCGGAUAGGCCCCCGGAGAUUCUGCGCCUGCUGGCCGACCCCAGCUCGGCCAACGGUCGCGCUGGCCCGCCACGCCGCAGCGUUUUAUCGACCUCCACGGUGAAGUGGUUGUGCAUGGAGUGGGCGCUCCCGCCUGCCGCCGCGCCAUUGGAGCUGGAGCUGCUCUGGCGGCACCUGCGUCGCGUCUCACUUCCGCUAGGCACCAUGUUCGGCUCGGUUGCUCUGUGCGCGGACAGGGAGACACUCCUCUGUGAGAUGACGAGCGCGGAGGCGGCGCUGCACGCGUGGGACCUCAGCACGCAGCUGGUGGCCCUGAGCGCCGACAAGCUCGUGCUGCACACGGGCGCGCCCCUCGACGUUUGGCGGCCGAAGUUGGCGCGCCUGAUGCAGCAGGACGCGCAGGCCACCAUAUUGCGCCAGAAGUGGCGCCCCUCCCGGUGCGGAGGGCGCCCUUGGGCCACCCCCGCCGCCGCGCCAACGCAGUUGGCGGUUGCUCGCCGCGCGAAGGGGGGCCGCCUGGGCCAGGCGGCGCCGCUGCGCCAUGUGGCGGAGGUCCACGCAUGCGGCUCACCGGGCUACGACGCCCGAGACGUGCACCGGCAGCUGAUGGCGCACUUGGGCCCCGCGGCAGGCGUACAAUUGGUAGAAUCCUCUACUGGCGCGCUUUCCGCUCUAGGAUGCUGGUGCUGGCCGGCGGCGGCGGACCCCAUGGCAUCGCCUGGGCGGGUGCGAUUGUACUUGCAAUCGGAGGCCGAGGUGCAGGCCGUCCACGGCGCCCUUCACGAGAAGACCACCCAGGUGGGGACCGACCUCGUCGCGCUGAGGGAGUUGCGCUGGCAAUGGCGAUCCUUCAAGCAGUUCCUUUUCAAGCACUUCUUCUCCCUCCUCUUCUUCUACGCCUUCGCGAUGCAGAUCCUGACGCUGAUCUCCGCAAUGGGGCUCUUGAUGAUGUGCCGCACUCGCUCCGCGCCAGGGCGCGACUGCGAGCAGCGCGUGUGGGAGGCCAGUUCCGGGGGUCGCUCUCUGUGGCUACAUGGAAUGCCCAAGCAUUGUUUGCCGCAGAUCCCCAGAGGUUUCGUCCGGCGCCUCGCCGGGGCCCACGACGCCGUGCGCCUGACCGAGACGCACGGUGUUCCAGGCGCUCCGGAAGCAUGGCGCGGGCCGCAAGUCUGCUGGGGGUGGUGGUCCCAUGGCGCGGCGGCGCGGGCAGGGGUGGGUGCGCUGCUCCAGGAGCGGUUCGCCAAUCAGUUCCCUGAGCGUGAGUGGGUAGAGAUCGACCCGGGUCGCUCGGCGGUGCUGCGGCUCGGCGGCCCCCAGGGGCACUCGGACCUCGUGGUUGCUUACUUCCCUGCGGGAGACUUCAAUUGGGUCACAGAGGAUGCCGACCGCGUCGCCCUCAGGACCGGCUCUGCCUCUGGAGCGAGGGAUCGCGCCGAAGAGCGCCAUUGGCGGCGGGUCGCCCUCCAACUGUUCAGCCUGCACGAGCUACACCAGCUAGCGAUGACACAUCGCAGUGGCAGUGCGCGAUCGCGGCUCGACCAGCUCUAUUGCAAUCAAGACUUGUCGGAACAAUUCGACCAGGAUCUGUUUGCAGCGGCGCUGGAAUGGCAGCCGGAGCUGUCGCGCCACCGCGCGGUCGCAGCAGGCCGCCGGGUGCACUCGGCAUCCCGCCCAGUCACGGCAGCUGCAGUCCAGCUGUCGCUGCUGAAAGAUGCCGCCUGCCAUGUGGCUGAGGGCAUUUCGCGCGAGCUGCAAACAGGACGCCCCGCGGAGGCAACAGAGGGCAAGGUUGGCCUCGCCACGCAGCCCCCCAGGGCAGUCGAAGGCGGGCAUGCGGGGCGCAUCAGCAAAUGCAUUGAGCGGUACCCCGAGUUGGCCAAACUCGCGGGUAACCACCCGUACUCCCCAGAGCUGAGGCAGGCGGGGCGCUGGCAGGCAGUGCGCAGCCAUGCCGUCGAGCUUGCUCGGGAGCGUGCGGUGGAGGAGCUCCAGCGCUUCAGCGACGAUCUUCCCUCGCUGGACGCCGGGGAGGCGGCCGUGCGGCGGGGCCGCAACUGGCGCCUCAUAUCGAGGCUCGCUCCUGGGCGGUGCCAGUCAAUCCAGGCAGUCAUGGACCCCGCGGGCGCUGUCCGCAUCGAGCCCGCUGCCAUUGCGCAGGCUCUCCGCGACCAUUGGGGCGAGGUCUUCAAGGCGAGGCCGCUCAGCAGGUCUCUUCGCAGACGCUGGCUCGGCGCAGACCGGCGCGCGCGUGGCCCAGACGGCCUGCCCUUCGUGGCGUGGAAACGCCUCGGCCCCCUCGCAGUCGACGUCCUCUUCGCAGUGCACGAGCAGCUGUCUAGCCCCGAUGCGGAGGAAUCAAUCCAGCGUGACUGCCCCGGGUACAACGACAGCCUCAUGGUGUUUCUCCCGAAGACACCCACCUCUGAGAGCGACGACGGCAUCUCGCAGUUUGCGCUGGCCGGCGCUCGGCGAUCUGGCGGUGGUGGCCAGGGAAGGGGCGGGGCGAAGGCGGCGGCUACGUUGGAGCCCUUGUCUGGACUCCGUUUGAACCUUGGCAAGACAGUGCGGCUCCCGCUUCGGCUUGGAGACCCUGACGGCGUGCGCCUGGAGGUGGCCUCCCGCGCGCCGUCUUGGGGCGGGCUGCGGUUUGCCCGCAAGGCCAAGUACCUCGGCUUCCUCGUGGGGCCCGCGAGAGGAGAGCAAGGCUGGGAUGCCGCCAGCGCCGAAUACCUCCAGAGGGCACGCGAGCGGGGUCGCUCAGGAGGCGGCAUGUUCGCCAAUACGAUUGGAUAUUCAAUGUAUGCCUUCUCGACUAUGAGCUUCCUCGCGCAGCUGGGCGCGCCGCCGUUGAACUGGGGGCAGCUGGAGAGCGCUGCGCUGCAAUCUCUUUACGCCGGGCCCAACCGGUCGGCGUCCGCGGCCGCCCUGCACUGUCUCCCUCUCCCGGGCUUUCUCGCGCGCCUUCCAGACCUGCCCGCGACGGCGCUGGCGGCGACGCACCGAGUGCGUCAAUCUGAGGCGGCGGCGGAGGGCGGCCCGCGCGCGGCCGCCAGAACAACGGAGCUGCGCGCGACGCGGCUGCACAGCACG